AAGAGAGACAGAGAGAAGGGAGGAAGGACGCGCACAUCACACACUGCGAGAGAGAGAAAGAGGGAAAAGGAGGAGAGAAGGACAAUAAAGGAGGGCGUGAGAUAGAAAAAGAGAGAGAGACAGGGGGAGAAAGAGAGAGAGGAGCAGAUCGCAGGGAGCAGCAGGAGGUUUGAGGUCGGGGGGGGACGAGCUCGGAGAGCAGAAGAAGAGAAGAAGCUUCGGUGGAGGCAGAACGGCGGCGGAACGAUGAAGGAUCGCACACAGGAGCUGCGGAGCGCUAAGGACAGUGACGAUGAUGAGGAAGUCGUCCACGUUGACCGAGGAAACUUCAUGGAUGAGUUCUUCGAACAGGUGGAGGAGAUUCGCGGCUGCAUUGAGAAGCUGUCGGAGGACGUGGAGCAGGUGAAAAAACAGCACAGCGCCAUCCUGGCAGCGCCCAACCCUGACGAGAAGACUAAGCAGGAGUUGGAGGACCUCACAGCCGACAUCAAGAAGACAGCCAAUAAAGUGCGCUUAAAAUUAAAAGCAAUCGAGCAGAGCAUCGAGCAGGAGGAGGUCAUGAACAGAUCAUCAGCGGACCUGCGGAUCCGCAAGACACAGCACUCCACGCUGUCCCGCAAGUUUGUGGAGGUGAUGACUGAGUACAACACCACGCAGUCCAAAUACAGAGACCGCUGCAAGGACCGCAUCCAGAGACAGCUGGAGAUCACUGGAAGAACAACCACCAACGAGGAGCUGGAGGACAUGCUGGAGAGCGGCAAGCUCGCCGUCUUCACCGAUGAUAUCAAAAUGGACUCCCAGAUGACCAAGCAGGCCCUAAACGAGAUCGAGACCCGACACCAUGAGAUCAUUAAGCUGGAGAACAGCAUCCGUGAGCUUCACGAUAUGUUUCUGGACAUGGCCAUGCUGGUGGAGAGCCAGGGUGAGAUGAUUGACAGAAUUGAGUACAACGUGGAACACUCAGUAGACUAUGUAGAAAGAGCAGUGUCUGACACCAAGAAGGCCGUCAAAUACCAGAGCCAAGCGCGCAAGAAGAAGAUCAUGAUCAUCAUCUGCUGCGUAAUCCUGGGAGUGAUCUUGGCGUCCACUAUCGGAGGAACCCUGGGCUUCUAGACUCACCUGCAGACGGACGAAGGCCGAGAGAAGCAUAUUUAGAGAGAAAUAUAUCCACAACAAUACGAGAUAAGGAAACUCCUCUUUAAAGGGGUUCGGUUAGGGUCGAAAAAUUAAAAAAAUAAAAACAGACAAAUAAACAAAAAAACAAAACAAAACAAAAACCCAGAUGUUACAUAAUAGCUGAUUAAAACAUAUAUGAAAAGAGAGGGUUCAAAUAAACAAUAAACACUAUUUACAAAA